AUGGUCAUGAGGUUCCGAAGCUUGCUUACCAAUAAAGUUGUAUCAGAAGAUUUGAGAACUAGGCACUUACAGAAACAUGUCCUGUCUGCUCUGCUGCUUCUAAACAAUCUUUUAUCAUUGGUAGAUGAUAUAAGUGAGCCUGACACCAAACAGGGGUCAGAUACAGUUUCAGGAAACUGUCGUAUCCUUCUUCACGUCAUUAAUAAUAGAAGGAGCAUGCACAGCCAGGAAGCAGAAGCUGGGGCUGGUUUUGUUAUUACUCCACAGGACUGAAACAUGGACUUCUCUGUUUUGCCAAACAACAACCAUCCCGACAAAUUCCUGCAACUGGAGGUGAAGUCUUUAGUGAAAAACUCGACCUUUCUACAAGCCAACCUAGCAAAAUUCCCAGAAGCAGCUUUACCUGGAGUGCAGCGGUGGCACAACAGGGUCUAUUUACAGAGAGAAAAGAGAAUUGUCACUGAGCUGCCGGGCUUAGACUCAAAUGGGGUCAGUCAAGAAAUGAUAGGGAAAGCUCUCGAGAAACACAUUACACCCAUCACCCUGAAAUCCACAAUCAAAACCAACCCCUUGUAUAGUGAUAUCCAGAUGGACGAUGACUGGGAGGAGAAGAAAAAGACCCCUUCCUGGACUGUGCAAGACUAUGACAGACACUCACUGCACUCUAACUUGGCCAGCCACGUAAAGGAAAAUCCUAAUGAUCUACAGUUCUGGAUGGGAGAUAUUUAUACUCCUGGGUAUGAUACCUUGUUAAAAAAGAAAGAGAGAGAAAAAAAGCAUUCCACAUGUUGCCGAAUCAUCCUGUUCCUGGUACUAGCUGUUUGCAUCCUGAUUACCAUAGUCACUCUCAGCAUUUUGCUUACUUAG